UCAUCUCCCACUUUCCUCCGUCAAAAGAAGAAAAAAGGGUGGUGGCUGGAUUUGCAUCGGAAAGCUUCUUCGUAUCCUUGGCUUGUCUGAUUGAUUCUGAUUGCAGUCCGGUUGGUGUUUUGGCUCUACGAUAUCGACAUCUAUUGCCCAAAUGGAGGAAGCUAAAGUAAUUGAAACCAAGGAUGGAACUGUUUCUGUGGCUUCUGCAUUUGCUGGUCAUCAAGAAGCUGUACAGGAUAGAGACCACAAAUUCUUGUCGAAGGCAGUUGAAGAAGCGUAUAGAGGAGUAGACUGUGGAGAUGGAGGCCCUUUUGGUGCUGUUGUUGUGCGUAACGAUGAAGUGGUUGUGAGUUGUCACAACAUGGUCUUGAAGAACACAGAUCCAACUGCCCAUGCGGAGGUCACGGCGAUAAGAGAGGCAUGUAAAAAUCUCCAGCAGAUUGAGCUUUCAGACUGUGAAAUUUAUGCAUCGUGUGAGCCUUGCCCCAUGUGCUUUGGUGCUAUCCAUCUUUCACGGAUAAAGAGGCUGGUUUACGGGGCCAAGGCCGAAGCUGCCAUUGCUAUCGGGUUUGAUGAUUUUAUUGCGGACGCAUUAAGAGGUACGAGUUUCUAUCAGAAGGCUCACUUGGAGAUUAAAAGAGCAGAUGGUAAUGGAGCCAUCAUUGCGGAACAGGUCUUUGAGAAAACGAAGGAAAAGUUCCAGAUGUAUUGAAUUCUUCAGUUUCCUCUAAACAUUAUCUGCCACAAACUGUUUAUUUAUUCUGAACGCAUUCAUUUUUAAUGCAAUUGUUUAACAACUUGUAAACUUUCCAAGCUCAACAUAUUGCAAUGCUUCAUUAUGAUAUUUUACAUGGUUGAUGCCA